UAGGUACCGCUCCGGCGGGAAGGCAACGGCGCUCCAUGCAGUCAUGCCGACCACAUGACGUUGGAGGUGUCUACGGACAACGCUAGCUCUUCGGCCUAGAAAUGGAGAUGAGCACCAACCUCCAGAGUCGGUCACGAGUGGAGUUAACAUCAGGGGAAACCUUUACCUUUACCUAACUAGUCGAUGGGCUGCAGUCUAGCUUUUCUUUCUGUCGAGAGUUUCUCUUAGAGCUGAUUGUCCUCCUGCAGGGAUGCUUUCCUGGCCGAGAGUGAGGAAACGGGGUCUUUGUCUGCAAAAGGGUUGGACGGUGGGGCAGAGGCAGAGUUUUGGAGGUUUGUUUUUGUAUCAGGAGUGACUUGAGAAACUGCAAGUCGCUUUUUGUGUGAGAGAAUGUGAAAGAGUUGGACGGUGCGGCAGAGGCAGAGUUUUGAGGGUUUGUUUUUGUAUCAGGAGUGACUUGAGAAACUGUAAGUCGCUUCUGGUGUGAGAGAAUGUGAAAGGGUUGGAUGGUGGGGCAGAGGCAGAGUUUUGGGGGUUUGUUUGUGUAUCAGGAGUGACUUGAGAAACUGCAAGUCGCUUCUGGUGUGAAAGAAUGGACCGUCUGCAAGGAUGUUGCCCAGGGAACACCCAGAUGUUUGAUUAUUUUACCAUUCUGUGGGAGGCUUCUCCAUGUCCCUGCAUGUGGAGCUAGAGCUGACAGGCGGAAGCUCAUUCAUGCUCUCCCCGGAUUCAAACCAGCAACGUUUCAGUCAGCAGUCCUGCUGGCACAAGGGUUUCAUCCCCAACAGUUUUGGUGGUGAAGCACAGCAAUAAAGGAGCGGAGACCUCGGUGCCAGGCUUUUGGAGCAUUUCCAAGGAAAGAACGGCUAAGACCGGCAUACCCCUUUCCUGCCUUCUGCAGACCGUUCCACAAGACCUCUUUCCCAACUUCAAAAGGCAGUAGAAACAACAACAGCCAAAGGAGAGAGCGAGAAGGACAGCCCUGAAGCUGGACGCUGAGUGAAGGGCAGCCAGAAGAAAGGAAUCGCCCCUGAGCCGGGCUUUGGGAGGCAGCCUUUCAAGAGGAUAAACCCGGGGAUUGAACCUGCCGCCUUUGAAAUGUACAAAUGUGCCUCACCCCAAAGGCAUGCCGCUCGCAAACGCCAGCAAAUGCGCCUCCGCCUCGUGCCAAGACAGCUCUCUCAUUGGCCGUCGCCAAGGCCGGCAUUCUCGUCCAUCCUCCGCAACAACCACCAAAGCCUGUCUGGACCAGACUCACUGUCGUCUCGGGAUGGACAUUCUUGCCACCAUAGAGCCCUUUUUGUGGCGCUCUCCCACACCGCCCUCGACUAUAUGGGACCCCCAGGCAUUGCCUCCCACUUUCUUUGCACAAUGAGAAGCAAAUUGCUCUCUGUUGGGGCUAUUUCCCACCCCAUUUGAAGAGGGAGGAGGAACAUGUGGCUCUCCAGAUGUUAUCAGACACCCCUCCCAUCCCAGGCAAGGGACACCUUUUUGUUCUAGAGGUCCAACUACACUCAGUAUUUCCCGUUUCUUAUUAAAAAGUCAAUUCUGCAAAAGUUUUUUCUCUGUGUUACCAUCAUUCUUUCCAUUACAAGAGGAAUGUCCCCACUCCGGCUUGCCUGCUCUCCAAAUUCUCUGAUUGUGGCCCUUCCCUGCAGUUAAUUAAGAGGGUGGAGUGGCCCCAUGUCUACGUCACCCUUUGCUUUCCUCUGUGGCCAAGAGAAUGUGACUUUUUCGACAAUGGGUUUCCCUGGCUGAAAAGGGGUUUGAGUGGUAGUCCAACACUUGCAGGAUUCUUCGACAUUGCUACUUAGUGGCUUCAUUUUGCUGGCCUUCUCCCACGCUUCCCGUGGCCAGAUUCGUUCAGAGGAGGCUUGCUCUUGCCUUCCUCUGGGGCUGAGAGAAUGUGACUUGUCUAAGGUGGGUUUCCAUGGCUGAGUGGGAAUUCAAACCCACUCACACAGUGGGUUUCAAUGGCCAAGCAACAGGGAUUCCAGCCAUUCCAAACUUAGGGAGACCCUAAAAACCUUGCAGACUGAAAGGUCGCAGAUUCAAAUCCCAGGAGCGGAGCGAGCGCCUGCUGUUAGCUCCAGCUUCUGCCAACCUAGCAGUUCGAAAACAUGCCAAUGUGAGUAGAUCAAUAGGUACCACUCUGGCGGGAAGGUAAUGGCUCUCCAUGCAGUCAUGCCAGCCACAUGACCUUGGAGGUGUCUACGGACAACGCCGGCUCUUUGGCUUAGAAAUGGAGAUGAGCACCAGCCCCCAGAGUGUGAGUAGAUCGAUAGGUACCGCUCCGGCGGGAAGGUAAUGGCGCUCCAUGCAGUCAUGCCAGUGGCCACAUGACCUUGGAGGUGUCUAUGGACAAUGCCCGCUCUUCGGCUUAGAAAUGGAGAUGAGCACCAACCCCCAGAGUCGGUCACAACUGGACUUAACGUCAGGGGAAAACCUUUACCUUACCUUAAGACUUAUUAUUAUUAUUAUUAUUAUUAUUAUUAUUAUUAUUAUUAUUAUUACAAUAUUUAUAUCCCGCCCUUCUCACCCAACAGGGGACUCAGGGCGGCUUGUAAUAAAACGCAUAUAUAAAAAUUAUACAGUGCAAUAUAAAUCAGUUAAAAAAUUAUUAUUAACUUACAUCAGUAUUCAUAAAAGACAUUAUAAAAUACAGGUAGGCGUGUUCAGUUCAAAAAACUGGGUCUGUCGAUUGAGUUCCAGCGUACAUGGUAAUCAUUAACGCUGCCAAUUAUAGUAGAGUCUCACUUAUCCAACAUAAACGGGCCGGCAGAAUGUUGGAUAAGCGAAUAUGUUGGAUAAUAAGGAGGGCUUAAGGAAAAGCCUAUUAAACAUCAAAUUAGGUUAUGAUUUUACAAAUUAAGCACCAAAACAUCAUGUUAUACAACAAAUUUGACAGAAAAAGUAGUUCAAUACGCAGUAAUGCUAUGUAGUAAUUACUGUAUUUACGAAUUUAGCACCAAAAUAUCACGAUGUAUUGAAAACACUGACUACAAAAAUGCGUUGGAUAAUCCAGAAUGUUGGAUAAGUGAGUGUUGGAUAAGUGAGACUCUACUGUAUUCAAAAGCCUGGCCCCAUAACCAUAACUCAUGGGGUUUUCUUGGCAAGGUUCAUUCCGAAGAGACUUGCCCUUGCCUUCCUUUGAGGCUGAGAGAGUGUCUCGCUCAUGAUCUCUUCCUGGGAUUGUGGCCCGGUUCUUUUGGAUCUGGCACGCAAAGAACUUGAUGCCUUUCCUUCAAGCCCUGUGUAGUAUUGAGGCCAGAAAGACCUUCAAAUCCUUCAAAGCCAAGUGGGUCUUAAUCAGAAGAAGGUGCCUUCUUUUUGCCUUCCUUCCUUUGCGGUAGGUUUGUCUUCAUGGCUCCGGCAGGUGGGCUCCGAGGCAGCUGCUUGGAGCUGUCAGCAAGGCCCUUCACCCAGCCUUUGCCCUCCUCCUCCUCCUCUUCCCAAAGGCCUCUGGUCAAAGGCUUUGGUGGGCUGCCAGCUGGGAAAGCAGAUCCCCAACAAAGCCCCGCUUGCCAGAGGAGGGAUUAAGGGCAGGAAGCGCAGGUGAGGCAGGUGACAUGUGUUGCCCUCUGAGCCGCUGCCACAGCCGCCGCCUUUGAUGCCCUCUAAUCAGGGAUGGCUUUGAGGCUUGGUUUUGAAGUGGGGAUCAAAGGCUUGGGGGUCUGCAAAAGGGGAUUGGGGCACGGCUGGCUAUAAAUACAGGCCAGGCACCUUGGGCCGCCUCUCGGGGAAUACAAAGGCCGCUUGUGCCAUGCUGAGGACUCCAAAGCCACCGCCAGGCAAAGACUGAGGAUGGAAGCCCUGAUCCUGCUGGGGUUCACCUGCCUCUGCUGCCCAGGGGCCACCUUGGUGCUGGACUUCAACGCCAUCCGGGGCUCGACGGAAGUGCCCGCCUCCAGAAAGAGCAGCCAGUGUUUGGCCGACAAGGACUGUCCAGCUGGGAAAUUCUGCCACAGGCCCAGAGAGGAGCCUCCGGUGUGCGCUGUGUGCCGAGGGCCGCGAAGGAGGUGCCAGAGGAGCCCCAUGUGCUGCCCAGGGAUGCUCUGCGUCAACGAUGUGUGCACUGCGAGUGACCGGAUGGCAGUGGCUGGUGGUCAAAAGAAGUCGACGGAGCCAUUGAGACCGGACCCACUUUCAACGGCAGGCCCUGCUUUGAAGGAAGGGGACACCCAAAGCCCACCUGGAGAAGCCCCGGAGGGCAAGAGCUGCCUCCGCUCCUCGGACUGUGCCGGGGGCCAGUGCUGCGCCCGCCAUUUCUGGACCAAGGUCUGCAAGCCGGUGCUCAGCGAGGGCCAGGUCUGCUCCAAACGGGGACAGAAGGAAGGCGCCCAGGGACCCGAAAUCUUCCAGCGCUGUAACUGUGGCCCGGGCCUGUCCUGCCGCUUGCUGCUUGGAGCGGCACCCAAGCCGUCCCGGCUGCGCGUCUGCCAGAGGAGAGCCGACAAGCCCCGGUCUGCUUGGUGAAGCGGAUUAACACCUGAGAUUGUGAAGAUCCACAGAGUUGUACACUGCAGAUCUGUUUCUAGCAAAUGGGGCACAUUGAGACAGAGAUUCUGCCAAAAACCCUGCUGCCAGUUUGUUGUCCCUAAGUAUACCUGGCCAGGAAAACUCCUGAUGAAAAAGGGGGCCUUUAACACUGUUUUGUUUAUUCCUUAGCUCAUCUUUUUUUUUUUUUUUGAUUGGCUGCAUUUGGAACUUAUUCCCAUAACUGCUAGAAGAAUGGGAUUUGCAAUUUUAAAAAAAGGCGGGUAGGUGAAACGGAAAGGGAAUUACUUUGGAUACUUUGAAAAUCCCCAUCCGGUGCUUCAAGUCUCUGCACCUGUGGGACUUUUGCGCUUGAAGAGGCCAGAUGGCCCUCUGUCAGGAGGGCUUUGAUUGUAUUUUCCUGCAUGAAAGGGAGUUGGGACUGGAUCCUUGGGGAUUUCUUUCCCCAACAUGACAAACUUUAAUCACUGGUGGGGUUUCAGGGGGUUCACCUGGCAUGAUGUGAGUUGUAGUUCACCCACAACCAUAUGUAUUUUGUAAAAUUAAAAAAUGACUUCUUCUCAUAACCCGGGCAACGCCAGGUACCCAAGCGAGUGUAUACAUACAGUAGAGUCUCACUUAUCCAACACUCGCUUAUCCAACGUUUUGGAUUAUCCAAUGCAUUUUUGUAGUAAAUGUCUUCAAUACAUCGUGAUAUUUUGGUGCCAAAUUCGUAAAUAUAGUAUUUCCUACAUAGCUAUCCAAUGCUAUUUAAGCUUGCUAACUGCAACAUUCACACUUGCUUCAAACAGACAAGGGUGCUUUCUUCCACCUUGGACAUUAUUCCACAAAUACAGUAGAGUCUAACUUAUCAAAGCCUCUGGAUUAUCCAUGCCAUUUUUUGUAGUCAAUGUUUUCAAUAUAUCAUGAUAUUUUGGGGCUAAAUUCGUAAAUACAGUAAUUACAACAUAACAUUACUGCGUAUUGAACUACUUUUUCUGUCAACAUGAUGUUUUGGUGCUUAAUUUGUAAAAUCAUAACCUAUUUUGAUGUUUAAUAGGCUUUUCCUUAAUCUCUCCUUAUUAUCCAACAUUCGCUUAUCCAACGUUCUGCCGGCCCGUUUACGUUGGAUAAGCGAGACUCUACUGUACAUGGGAUUGGACUGGAUGGCCCUUGGUGUCCCUUCUAACUCUAGGAUUUAAAGUCUGGAUUUGGACCUCCCUCCCCAUAUAAACAAGGCCUUCGUCGGAGGAAAGGGAAACAGAAGAGACUUCCAAAAGUUCUGAGGCUCCUCUUUGCCACCAAUUUAUUAUAUUUAAACAAGGGUAAGCCUCAUCCAAAGUUGAAGGGCUCAGAUGCUCACAGAGAGACGUGCUACAGCACACACACACACACACCCUCUUUGCACACAGGGAGACCCCUUGCUCCCACCCCCCAAAAUAGCACCAAUGUUACAGUUCUGGCUGGGAAGCCCAUGCUUUGCUGGAGAGGAAGAGGAGGGACUAUUCGCUCCGGUCUUUGGGCUCCCGGUAUUUCCACUGGAUGUAGUCAAAGAUGUCCUUCUCACUGUCCACUGGGAGGGGUUCCCCAGCAACUCCUGGAAAGAAAAAGGAGAAAAAACAUUGGGGCCCUCCCCAAAAAAGAUAAAAGUAAAGGUUUCCCCUGACGUUAAGUCCACUCGUGUCCGACUCUGAAAGUUGAUGCUCAUCUCCAUUUCUAAGCCGAAGAGCCGGCGUUGUCCGUAGACACCUCCAAGGUCAUGUGGCCAUUGGCAUGACUGCAUGGAGCGCCCUUACCUUCCUGCCGGAGUGGUACCUAUUGAUCUACUCACAUUGGCAUGUUUUUGAACUGCUAGGUUGGCAGGAGCUGGAGCUAACAGCGGGCGCUCACUCUGCUCCCUGGAUUUGAACCUGGGACCUUUUGGUCUGCAAGUUCAGCAGCUCAGCACUUUAACACACUGAGCCACCCGAGGCUCCCAGGGCAGAGGAAAAACCCCUCGGAGACUGUCGAGGGAUCAACUCUCUGCACACCCUGGCUGAUUUUGACAUACUGAUUUUCACCUGUGUAUAUUUGUUAUAUUUUAAUAGCAUCUUGUUUUAUCUCACUGUUUUAACUCUGCCUGUAGCCGCAAGGAGAGGCGGGUAAUAAAUAAUUAUUUUACCAUG